UGAUUUCGAAAAAUAAUGGGGGACGCAGAGGCGAUGCGACCACCCAUUAGUGGACCACGGCCACCAUUCCCCGGCGCCGGCAUGCCACCACGUCCGAUGGGCGCACCACCACGCGGUCCUAUGAAUAUGCCUGGAGCUCCGGGCGGACCUCCGCCAAGACCAAUGCCAGCACCGUUGCGUAAUACAGAUAGCAGAGGAAAUUUGCUGAUGGGUCCUGGACCCGGCGCACAACGGCCACCACCACCACCAUUACAAAAUAUACAAAUGCGGCCACCUAGCGGUAAUGGUGGGCCAAUGAGUCCACCGGGACAGGGACAACCACGACCGCCGGGCGCAUAUCCAUGGUCUGGUGGAGUACCAGGACAACAGAUGCCUGCCGGUCGUCCACCAAAUCCUUACCCUGGUAAUCUAAACACACGCCCGCCAUUUGCACGUCCGCCUGGCGCUCCACAAGUGGGCGCACAACAACCACCGCCACGUCCACCUUUCCACCCACAGCCGCCGCAGCAAUCGCAACAACAGCAACCACAUCAGCAGCAACAACCACAGCAAUCACCGAUACAACAGCAGCCACCACCACGUCCACCCUCAGCCGGUUCGAAUAACAAUGAAGAUGACGAUGAUGUGGUCAUGGGUCAGGCGAUAACACCACGUAAAACACCGAAUCUGCACGAAGAUCCAAUGGGUCCAGCGCUGUCGGAAGACCGAGUGGAUACGCUGAAAGACACCUUUGGCAUGGGCGAGACACUUGCACCCAUAGCCGAGGUGAAUGCGAACGGUGUGAAAACCUUGUCGAGCAUACACGAAAUGCUCAGCAGCGGCGCGGAGAAUGAGAAACAACAGAGGGAGAGUGUACACAAGGGCGACAAUGACAGCGGUGUUGAUGAGUCAACUCAAGAGAAGGAACGCAACGGUCCAGGUUCGCCCAGCUCCCCGGCUAAGACACCAACGUCUACCACAUCAAAGGGCGAGAAGACAGGCGCCUCUCGUCCGCCUAGCGCAACACCAUCGAACAAAUCGUCCAAAUCACGUUCAACAUCACGAAAUCGUUUGCUAUUGAAGACUCCCGAACCGGAGCCAACAAAAAAAGUACCAAUGAAUAAAAUACAGGUCGGUCAUGCUCCUUCACCCAAUCUCAAAGCCGUGCGUUCCAAAAUUGGUUCGUUGGAUAAUGCCGGUUACAAACCAGGUGGCGGUAAUGUGAAAAUCGAGAGUAAGAAGAUCGAAAUAAAGGCCGCGCCCAGAAUUGAGGCGAAAAAUGACAAGUAUACGCCACGUGGGGGAGAAAAGAAGAUAAUUUCGACAAAGCUACAAUGGAAUGCCAAGUCGAAAAUUGGCUCCUUGGAGAAUGCCAAUCACAAGCCGGGUGGUGGCGAUAAGAAGAUCGAAACGAUUAAGACGGACUUCAAAGACAAAGCCAAACCGAAAGUCGGUUCGAAGGAUAAUGUUAAGCACGCUCCGGGUGGUGGUGAUAUUAAGAAUUCGCAAAUCUUGAAGGAAAGCACAACCGCCAAGGAUAUACAAACUCAAAAGGUAGAACUUAAGGCACAAAGCAAAGUGGGCUCUUUGGAUAACAUUAAGCACAAGCCCGGUGGUGGGGAGCGUAAGAUUUUCGAUGAUAAGGACUAUCUGAAAAAUGUUGAGCAUACAGUUGCACUGACACCACCGACACAGAGUCCACAACCAUCCAUGACGACUUCAACAACUGGUGCCGAUGAAAAUUUAAAUCAGCAGAGUUAAGCAAAUUAAGCACGAAAAAUAAUAAAUAGCAAAAAACAAAAACAAAAACAGAUAUCAGCAAUUUAAAACAAAAAUAAACCUUAAAUACAUACAUAUUUACAAAGUAAUAAAAAAAGAAGAACAAGAAAUACAUAAAAAACAAACAAAAAACAAAAACAAAACAUACUUCAUUAAAGCAUUAUUAUUAGCGUUAAUUGCAUACGAUUGCAUACAUAUUUAUUAAAACAAAAAAAAAUUCAAAAAAAAAAAUAAUAAAAUUUUUGAAGUAAAAAAUUCAAAAUUACGUGUAUACAUACCAAUGAGCAACACUGUAAUUGUUGAGAUUGUAUUAUCUAUCACCAGUCACAAAAUAUGUAAAAUUACUGUAAUGUAUUUGGAAAAAAGAACAGUUAUUAAUCGUAAAAAAUCGGUGUGCAUUUGAAAUGUAGCAAACAAUUUGCAAAUAAUAAAACAUUUUUCACAAAUUUCACGUUUUUUCACUUACGAAUUAUUUGAAUUCAAAAUAUUAGUAUAUAUUUGUAUAUUUUACACCAAGCGUAGUUAUUUUGUUGAAUAUUUGCUUAGACACCUUAAGUUAAGCCGCAAAGCCUUGAGUUUUACAUAAUUCAACGCGUCAUACAUACAUUUAACAUAUAGCCGAGCAUUUUUCCUUCAAUUGAUUACAGUUAUAAGCGCGCUUUUAUGAUUUAAAGAGUUCUUGCUACGAAAGCUUUUCAUAAAACCAUUAUUUAGUAGGGCUCAGGAAGACCUCGAAACUCUCACGAACUUCCGCUUUAGUUAGCUUCAACCCAAGCUAGAAUAGCUGGUAUUAGAAAAAAAAAUAUUUUAUAUUACCCCGUUGCAUUUCUAGAAUAAUAUUUCUUGCUUAUUUUCUUUGUACUCGUAUUGGAUCAAAGCCGGAAAAUUGAGAUACGUAAAACCUGUCUAAGCUGGACACCUACACUGUUCAGCACUUUUUGUCCAAGUUACGCGAGUGUCCAUGUUAUGAAGGAAUUAUUGUUUGUGCUACAUUAUGUUGGUACAGAACAUUUUGUCCAAUUUGAGCGAGUGUGCAAAUUAUAAGGGAGUCCAACUUUACAGGUUUUACGUAUAAGUAAAAAUAAUAUUUGUCCGUUUUGUCGAAGUUAGCCUCCAAUAUCGAAAUACAUAUUUUCGAAUUUCAAAAAGGUCUCUAACAUUUUUCGAUCACAUUUUCAUGACAGAUGAUAUAAGGGAUCCAAGUCAGAUCUUAGAAAAAAAUAAAAAAAAAAACAAUACUGAGCCAAUUUAGGUUAGGUUACGCGGCAGAUCUCCGCAACUGCAGAGAAUCUCACUUAGACAGAUUCGACUGUCCUUUGUGAAAGCCGGAUACUCCUGACGAUUUCUAAGAUCCUUAGAAUACUACAGCGCGUGGAAUCUAUAUAAUGUUCUUAAGUCGGCUAAUGUCGAUUCCAGUCACUUCACUAGGUUCGCUGAAGAUGUGCCUACCGAGGUGCUUUAACCUAAGUCUGGCGAUUGCUGGACAUUGAACAAGGAAAUGCUUGGAUGAUUCCUCUUUGCCUUCCUCCAAACAGCUUUGGCAACUAGCGUCUGACUUGAUUCCAAGCCUCAGUAAGGACACCAAUGAUUGCCGAGGGAUGAGCCUUACUAAGCGACAGCAGCUGGCCAAUAUAAUCUGCGCUUAAUUUAAAAAUACUUGAUUGCAUAUUGAUUCGACAUCUUAAGUAGAGAGAAAGGCCGCUUUGUCACAAUCAUACCAACAUUUUGGCCAAAUUGUGCCAGGAUUUUUCGAAGAUUCAAUUUUGUUCGAAAAAUGAAAUAAAAGGAAAAGGUAGAUUUUUGUAACAAAUACUUCGAUUUUGGAGGUUAACUGCUAGCAAUGGAGACAUUUUUUUUACUUGUGACUCAAUUUCUCAAAAAAACAACUUUGGUUUGGUCCAAUAGGGCCAGAUAGGGAGGUAACAUCUUCUCGCCUCUCCGCCGAAUAUAUGGUUAAAUUUUUUUCGAAGCAUUCUCACGUCAGGUUAACAUGAUCUUGAGCACCAUCAUAAUAUAUUCUAUACUGUUUUGAAAUAUGAGUUAUUUCGAAAAGUUCUAGGUCUGAGAUAAUUUUUUAUUGUUGAAAAUUAUUUAAAUCCUGAAAAUAUUUACAUCUCCCUUAUACGCUCAUACAGCAUAACAUAUUAUCCAUAUAAAAUCUUAGGCAGAAAGCUACUAUUUACCAAAAAAAAAAAAAAGAAAAAUAUCUAUGUAUGUGAAUGAACUGUUAUGUAGUAGUCUAUAUUAAAGAAAUCUAAAUAUUAUAUAUAUUUACAAAUGUAUACACUUGAAUAACUGUUACACCUAUAUACAUAUACCUAUACAACACAAACAUACUCGUACAUGCCCUGUAGGGAAAUACAGCUGGUAUGUUUAAAUAUCAAUAAUAAUUAAAUGUUGUAAAUGUUGGAGAGUAAUAUUUUUGAAGACAUAUCAAAAGCGGCGUAUUAAAAAAAAUGUGAAAAAACUUUGAUUUUUCAAGAAAAAUUAUUUUUGACAAUUUCUGAUUUUUUUAUUAUUUAUUAUUUAAAUUAAUGCGUUAAAACAUUUGAAUAUAUUAAGUAGUUUCAAAUUUCAACUUUAGAAUUUCCUUGCAGGGCUUCAAUGAUACCAACAACAUAGACACAGUUAAUAAUACUAUAGCAAGUAGUAUUGCUUUCAAACCACCAAAAGUAAUUCAAUCACAUACAUUUACACUCUGAUACAAUUUAAUGGACCCAAGAUUCUGAAUAAUCGUCUUUAAAGACCAACUCAAAGACCAGUGUAAUAGUUUUGCAGUAUAUAAUUUUGGACAUAGUGAAGUCUUGAGAAAGUAGUAAUGAAAACGAUGAGAAAAGGAUCUGAAAUUUUCGGUUUUACUACCAACUCAGCUUUGCAAUGUACUUCGCUAUGUUAUCAACCUUAUAUAUAAAUCAGUUCUCAAAAGAUUGUCAUUUUGUCAUACAUUUUUGCACUCAAAUAGGGAAACUACAUAAAUAACCUAGAAAUAUUUGAAUCAAAUAAUCAAAUUAUGCUGAAAGAGUCCCGAUAGGAAAUUGUAAUUAAAUUAUAAAGAAUUAUCAAACAUAAUUUUUCCAGUACAUUCUUCACACACGCGCCUUUGCCAUUAGUAAGUUUAAACCAGUAUAAUUUUUUUUU